AAGGCUGAUGAAAUUGACAUCAUUUAUGAGAAACAAGAGGAGCCGUAAUCUUUUGUUUUGUUUUGCUUUGAUGUUGAUUGCACCACAUUUCCUCACCUAAGUUAUCAACGGUAUAUUCUAUGAUCUUCCCACUUUGUGCAGAAGUUUGAAGGUUGUGGAGCUAAAGCUGUGAGAAGGGUCGUAUCUAGAUCAGUGCUAGCCUUGAAGUCCAGGAAUCGUGGACACCAGUUUAUUUCUCAGUUUAUCUGAUUAAAAACCCAUGGACUCUGUAUAGCAACGAGUGGCCGUGCUUAAAAUUUACGGUGAGUAGUAAAUUGAGAUCAAAGGCAACAAAGUUUGCUCGUAACAGAGAUUAUUUUCAUGUACAGCUUAUGCUAGCUUUUAAUACCUUUUGUUUGACUGCAUGGUCGUAAUUUGCAUUAUCUGUUAGUAAUUUUGUUCUUAAGUAAGCUUGUUCAAAGUAAGCUUAUACCAGUUGCUUGGUGGAUUCAAAAUUGGUUUCGACCUUUCUCCAUGUAAACCUUUCCAGUGGAGUCCUGGGUUAUUGCCUAAGUUUGAUAAUGUCUCAUGUCAGCAUAAUUAUUGAAGGUAGCAAAACAUGUUCUAAGAAAUGUGGAUUUACAUGUUAUAUUGCUCACUGUGGUGAGCAUGAUAGGCUCAUAUAACUGUUUGGCUCCUAAUAGCCACUAGCUUUCAUAGUUAUUGAUCGUGUCUACACUGGAUAAUGGUGGUCUUAAAAUGUGGCUAAAUGAAAUUUAGGCUAAGUUAAAUUCGAGACAGUGCUGUAAUUUGGACAGGUUCAAAUUGAGCACUGGGCUACUCUGUUGUUUAUAACUUAUUUCCUUGUGUGUUUUCAAUUAAUGCAGAUCACAAACCCUCUGUCAAAGAAUGAGUGCUGCAGCAGAAACGAUAAAUGUAGAAGAGAAAUUUUCAGGGACAUCAUUAAAUAAUAAAAAAAGAGGAUCAUCACCAGAUAGUGCAGAAAACCUGUUUGCUCCAGACAGUGAAAGUGAACUUUACCUUGAGGAAAAUGGAACUUUUAAUGGGACAGAACAUGUCAUUGAUCAAAGGGUAAGGUCUCAUGUCUAAAACCAACACACCAAAUCCAAAGCACAUCUGAUUCUGAUGUGCCUUAGUUAUGUUUGGUAUGUCUCUUUUGGGCAUAGAUAUCAGGAUAUUGUUGGUAUGAACGAUGAUGAAAGAAGAAAUUUCUUGUCUUUGCAUGGUGGAUAACAUUGUAGUAUUAUCAUAGGGGAUCAAAUCAUUUGUCAAGUAGCCACUUCCAAGAGGAUGAAAACAGUGGAGAAUCAGCCUAAAAAGUGGUCAAAGAAAUUUAAAGGAAGUGGUCACUUAUCAGGGUUUCCAAGUGCUUUGCACUGACUGGUAAAGUUUGGUAUUUUUGCUAAAUAAAGUAGUGGCCUACCAACAAAGAGAGAUGUGACUGGAGGUUCAAUUUAUUGUAGGACUGUAAUGUUUUGGAUCUGCAAGAUGAUUUCUCACUAUCUUUCCUUUUGGCUUCUUCAGAUCCCAAAGUUAUGUUUGAAAAAUACAUGCAGUAAUGAAAACAUUGGUGUUAAUCAUUUAGGUGGCUCUGAUCAGCCCAAAUGAUGAACAGUUCGAUCUUUUGCUCCAUAAACUGAAAGAGAGGUUGGAAGAAGGGCAUGGAGAAACUAUAUAUGAAAUUGGAGUGGGAGGUGAGUCUGUUUAGUUCCCUUGUUCAUUAAAUGUGAAUCAUUGUAGCCUUAUGAAUCAUUGUCAUGUCAUGUUAUUAUUGAUGUAACCCUUGUUGUCAGUGAUAUCAUCACCAUCAUAAUCAUCAUAUGACAUCAUCAUUAUCAUUAUAAUCAUCAUCAUGGUGGUCAUCAUAAUCAUCAUCAUCAUCAUCAUCAUCAUCAUUACUGUCAAUUGUAUUCAAAUCAUUAUGGUUUAACACAUUUUUAACUCUGAAUGCCAGAAAGGGCAAUUUACAGGAGUUAUUGCUGUGAGAUGUGAUAUGGAAAUGAGUCACUCACUCACUUUAUGGACUCAGGUCGGUGCGUCUCUUUUAAGUGGGAACCACCCCUUGAAAAAUUUUACUUCUAUGGUAAAUUUCUAGAAAAUGUGAAAUCCCACCCAUACCGAGGAGUUGAGAUAGAUAAUAGACUUAGAUGGAAGGAUCACAUAAACCAAAUUUCUAAUGCCACCAACAGGACAUUAGGCUCAGAAGUUUCUGGUACUGUAUGGAUAGCAUCAAAAAGACACUCUAUGUAACCUUGGUUUGGCCUAAGCUUGAGUACGUGGCUUUUGCCUGAGAUCCACAUUUUAAAUGCGACAUUGUCAGACUGGAGGGAGUGCAAAGAGCAGCAGCCCGCUUUUGUACAAAUGAUUAUAACUGGCCCUCAAGUGUCACUUCCAUGCUAAACAAACUGGAUCUAUGCACCCUCGAAGAAAGGAGAAGAAGAUCUUGUUUGAUCUUCAUGCAUAAAAUUAUUCAUGGUUUAGUUGAUAUUAAGAUUGAGACUCGUACUAGGAGCAGCCUUAGACUUAAGCUUCUUGAACCCCACUGUAAGAAAGGUGUGUUUAAGUUGUCAUUUUUCCUAAGAACUGCUAGAGACUGGAAUCAGCUCCUCCCUGAUAUGCCUUGUAUUUCAUCCCUCGAAGAAUUUAAGAACAACCUUAGUUAAUUUUUUUUUAUUCUACUUAUUGUUGCAUGCAGGUUUUACUUUUAUAUUUUGUAAAUUAUGGUUGGUGUGUUGCCUAACCAGCUUUCACCAACCUAAUUGAAAUGAUAAUGAUGAUGAUCAUUUUAACUUGAAAUAAAUACUUUUUACCAAAAAAAAUACUUGUAAAUACUUUUUACAAUGCAUUUAUGAGUUCCUCCCAGUUUUUACUUUGAUUGUGAAUCUUAGUCUGUUGUUGCUGGGUAUAAUCAGGCCAAACAGGCUAAUUUAGCCAGACUUUGAAAACUUGCCGUCUAGAAGGCAUGUAUUCCCAUAAAAUUAUAAGCGAUUAAGUGAAUUUUCCUUUUAUUUCUUCCAAAAAUGGGUGUCCAUAGUCUGGCUGAACACCCUUCUGGCUAAAACCUUGAGGCCAAACCUGAGUCUUCAUCAUAUCGUAGCCUCUCUCAGGGUUAUCAAUGUUGUUAUCAAUGCCCCACAAGAGUUGUUGGCUACUUUUAGUGUUUAAGUUGGAUACUGUAAAAUUUCUACUACAAAGAAGGGUUAGAUGUAAACAGAACAAGGUAGUCUUCUUUUUGUUUUGGUAGGUAUUUUUUCCGCAAUGAUUAAUGGAAUAUUAUAUAUCAAUCCUGCCAUAAAUAAAAUAAAGUUUUGCACCCUAAAGAUGUCCAAAUCUUUUUGCAGGUCUCCCUUUGUCCCCUCUCUGACAUGUUCAUGUUUUGCCUAAUAAUGAUUUUCUUCCCAGUUCUUUUUUUAUAUUUAUAACUAAAACACCCUGAUCUUGAGUUAAACAUUACAAAUGUUUUGUACCUUCUAAUAAUCUCUUCAAUGUCCAAAAUACAUGUAGAUGGAACAGCCAGUGGCCUCAGUGCUGAAGACCUCAAAGCAUCAGCAGAUUCUUUAAAGUUGCUAGCUGAAACAUGUGAUGCUGAUGUUGUCUUGCUGAGAGAGAAGCCAGCAGAAGAGGGGACUGUUGCGGAGUAUUUAGUGCGAGUCAGGGCAGAUGAGAAUGAUUUCAUGGAAGUGAGGUGAGUACGUUGAUAACUACAUUGUGUAAAAUAAUGUAUUUAGUUAAAGUUCUUUUUUUUCAAGACAGCAGUAGUGAACAGGCUACUCAACAAUGCAGAAUUAAUGUGGUCUCCCACAAGGAUUCUUUGUGAACCUUGAUGGAUGCAGCACCUGUUUGAUCUGGGACAUGUCGCACUUCAGCUGGAGUAGGUAAACUGGCACAUCUGAGUUCUAUGGAAACCUACCUAGGAUAGGGCGGAAGAUUGUUGUUCAUUUCUACAGGUCUGGACUACCCAACAAAUAAUAUCACAUAAAUUGCAGAGAGAGUCAGGGCAGACCAUCAAUAACAAAGUUGAUAUUCUUGAUAAUUGAAGGAUGCUAGUUGAAAUGCAAACAAACUGAAAUACGACAUGAAGGAUGUUAAAUAAAACAAGAAGGGUGAUUGUCAAUGGCCAAUCAUGAGUGAAUGUUUGACACAUUAUAGUGGCAUCAUUGGAAUUUAAGAGGAAAUUGUACCCCAUUUUGUGUGAACAUUUUGAUGGAAAUGUCUGAUUUCUUACCAACGUAUAUGUUGACUUCCAGUAUUCCAGUUCCAGUGAACAUUUAGAAUCAUUUACUUUCAAAUGCUUACUUCACUGAGUUAAAGAAGUUACAGAAGAAUACCUGGAUCAUUUGUCUCCCUUUUAAUCAGAGUUGCAGUGGUAGGUAAUGUAGAUGCUGGCAAGAGUACCUUACUUGGAGUACUAACCCAUGGAGAACUAGACAAUGGAAGAGGAAUGGCAAGACAAAGGUUGUUCCGCCACAAACAUGAAAUGGAAUCCGGCAGAACCAGCAGUGUUGGCAAUGACAUUCUUGGGUUUGACAGCAAGGGAGAUGUGGUUAACAAGCCUGAUAGUCACGGUAAAUUUUCAAGCCAUUUGCUUGCGGAAGGGAUAAUUCCAUCAUAAAGAAGUUACUUUCAAGGGUGUCAUAUAAAAUGUGGUUAUACUUCUUUUCCAAACCAUUUCCAAAAUAGAAAACAUUUUCCAUGUAUGCAUAGCCUAAUAUAAAUAUGCGAAGGUUUUGGGAGAAUUUGAAACAGUUAUGCUAACCCGAGACAAAGUCUAGCUAGAAUUCUAUCAACCACUUGAGUGUUUACAUGUAUGCAUACACAGUGAACAAGUUUUCUGUUGCUUUUAAAAAAAUAAAUUUCCCAAGAAAAAAUAGCAAAACUCUUUGUUUAAGACAGUGACUGAUUAAAAGAGAAAUUCUCACCAGUCAUGAAGUGUUGUACGUGACGGUUUGCAGGCAUAUUCAGUUCUUGCUUUGCAAAAAAAGAUGCUUUCGAAAAUACAGAUUUUUCUCGUUUAAAAUUUCAGCUUAAGUGAAAAAAAUUGAUACAGCAUGUUUGUAAAGAUUUUCCAAGUUUCAGCAGACAAGGAAGUGGUAAAUAAAGUAAACUUUUCAACUCAAAACCUCUUUCAAAUUUGUGCUUGCAUGAUUAUUGCAUGCACAGCAAAACAUUUUGAGGUCACAACUGUAUUUACAUACUCUUGUGCAAACACUCUUCUCGGUCAAGCGGAGCAUGCAUGCUAUCUUAGUUAUUUUAUAGAAUAUAACAACAAAAAUUUAAUUGAAAUAUCAGGCAACAUUACUAACAACAACUCUUGCAAGCUCUACUCUGAACAAUCAUAAGGGAAAACAUUACCUGACAUACAUUGCUGCAGUCACCAGAAGUAAAAUUAAAUUCAAAAUUCCUUAUUUCAGUUUUUUUUCUUUUUUUUUCAGGUGGAGGACUUGACUGGUCCAGAAUAUGUCAAAAGUCCUCAAAGGUGUGUGUCUUAAAUGAUCCAAAAGCUUCCAAACUUGGUUUACAUACCUUGCCUAUAACCUCCUUUUCCCAAUCUGCUACCGAAGACAUCCUUAAAAACCGAGCAUAUAAUAUAAACAUUUUUUCUUUCCAGGUUAUCACAUUCAUUGAUUUGGCAGGACAUGAAAGAUACUUAAAAACAACCAUUUUUGGCAUGACAGGACAUGUUCCAGACUUUGCAAUGUUAAUGGUUAGUACACACCUGUGCCUGCCUUGUGUUCCAUGUUCUACCCCAACAAACUCAAUGAAUUACUGGAAAUAUGUUUCAAAUUCCCCUUCAACGUGAUUGGCAAAUUGACAAUGGCUUUUUAAACAGGCCAAUCAUGGUGCAACGUACUUAAAUCCUGGUACACAACGGGGGCCCAGAACAAGUGGAUUUUGGUGCUGUUUCACAGAUGGACUUAACCAGAGGUUAAUUUCUGUCUGUGGUGCAGGCUAACCUUUGCCAUGCAUGUAUAAUGUUAUUAUUUCUUUACUGAAAGGUUAAUGACGUACAUAAAAUAUUUCAGAUACACAAGAAAUUGUCAAAUCUCGAUAAUACCAACACUGAGAGGGCCAUGGAGGUGUCUGUAUUAUAGGGCUGUCCGCAUAAAUAGGGUUCGAAUUUAGAGAAAAUGUAAGGGCUUCCAAGUCCCAGGAACAAAGCAAACUGUCCAUAAUAAUGAGAUGUCCCUAUUUAGUUGUUAACACAGGGCUCAACUGUACAUGAAGGCAUUUAGGGGCUCUCAGUCAAAACAUAGUCAUGGCCCAAAAAGCCAGAUUUUAAACUGAAUUUCUGCAUCCAGAAAACACCUUGUUCUUCUAGAUAUUAUUCUCCCUGGUUCGUUGGCACCUACUUCUACACCUGGGUGGGAAGAGACAACCUGGACCAAAUUUCUUUUCAUUCUAGAGAGAGUCAAGGUGAAAAAACAGAUAUGUAUUUCAACACAUCAAUGAAACUUCUACAUUGUCACCCAUUUACUAAAGAGUAAGUUAUCCUCAGUGAGAUUUUGACAAAGAAGUUCUAAACAAUUUUAACUGGACUCUAUAAAAUCCAUGAUAUCAGCGUUGCUCCUCUCUGCAAUUCAAUUUUUAAAAUGCCAUCAGUUAGUAAUGUUUAAUAUAUUAAAUUAAAGUUUCCUUUACACUAAUUUUCCCUCCUAGAUUGGAUCAAAUGCAGGAAUUAUAGGAAUGACGAAAGGUAAGAGUGUGAACCACCAUUUCACAUAGUCAUCCGCGCCAAGCGAAGGUCUCUCCGUCUGCAAGGCAAAGGCAGAACCCUCAUUUUAUAGUUGUUAUUUUAACACCAGAGAAUUAGUCUGGCCCUUGGAAUCGAACCCUUGACCCCCCACCCUCGACAAUCAAGCACUCUACUACAGAGCUAAUCCUGCUUGCAGUUUUUAUAGUCAUAAAAAUGUCUGAAAAGCACUGUUCAAAGAUUUUUCUAAUUUUUAAUAUCAUUGCAGUGCCUUUAAAGAUUCUUGCUUUGAAUUAAAAUGAAUAUUUUCUGCAAAAGGAAUUAAAGGCAAAAGAAUGUUAUCUCUUGAAUUUUAGGGAAAACAAUGUUACCCCUCAAAUUUGACAGUUGAUUUCCCUUGCUCUCUUUUAAAAGCAAUAUUUCUUCCUCUGAAAACAAAAGGCAUUAAAUCUGUCUAUGUUACAAAGAUUGCAGUGGGAAUUUUUUAAGGUCAUUAUAUUUUACUGAAACAAUAUUUCUCACGAGAUCUUGGUUGGUUGUUACACAAUGUGGCCUUAUUUUGUUUUAGAGCACCUUGGCCUGGCUCUUGCACUGAAUGUCCCAGUGUUUGUUGUUGUUACCAAGAUUGACAUGUGUCCUGCAAAUGUGCUACAAGAUACUAUGAAACUCCUGACCAGGAUUCUCAAAUCUCCUGGUUGCCGUAAAAUCCCUGUUAUUGUACAAAACCCUGAUGAUGUUGUUGUGUCAGCAACAAACUUUGUCUCUGAGAGGUGAGUGAAUAGCUUUUUUCAGUUUCAGUUUAUUUAUUUUGCCAGAAAAAAGUAUACAGUCAAUCAAUAUAUUACAAAAAUGAUAGUUAAAGAUUAAAAGUGGUGUAAAUUACAUAAGUGGCAAGUGGUGAAUCAGAUAAGGCAGGGUUGUCACCAAGAUUUCAAGUUGCUGGUUAAAUACAACAAGUAGGCGGGGAAUCCAACUGCUAGGGAUUUCUUUUGGUUCUAUUUUUCUUCUAUUUUCCAAUAAAAGAAGCCGGGGACCACUCUCUUAGUAGCUGGGGAAAAUCCCCGGCCCCCGGCUCUUAAUGACAACCCUGUAAGGAGAAAUGUUUUCAAUCUGGAUUUACUGCGCUUUUCACAAACAAAAGUCAUGUGAAUUCUGAAGUUCAAAAGCCAACUGACGAUUGCGUUUUUUCGCUGCCGUCAAUCAUCUUAACGGACCUCUUAGGAAACAAUUGAAAUGAAAUUGCCCAAGUUUUCCAGUUCCAAACACUAAACACUAACCACCUAAAGCUAGGCAAAACACACAAAGACACAAAGGAGGUUCGUUGCUUGUGAUCGUAAUUAUGAUUGACGGCAGCGAAAACGCAAUUGUGAAGGCGGCUUUUGAACUUUAGAGUUCGCAUGUUUGUGAAAAGCGCAGUAAAAAGAGAGAUAUAUAGUAGCAGCACUUUGUAUAUUGUGAUUAAAUGAAUUGAAAGCUUUUGGACCCUGCAAUCUUAAAUCAAAAAAUCUUAUAUUCGUUCGUGCCGGAAGUAAGUAGGAGGUAUUUGAAUUUCUGGUAUUAUAGGAAUGAACUUGGUCACCUCGAGAAAGGUGACUACGACUGCUUAAUAGAGGUGACCGCUUAAUGCAGGUCAGUUUUACCGUAACUAAGGGAAAUGAUUUCCGGGACUUUGGUAAAUGACUGCUUGAUUCAGAAGAGUUCGCUUGAUACAGGUUUGACUGCAUUCAUAAUGCAGUUGUAUCGCCUGUAAGCGACUUCAUAAAAUGCCCAGGUUGACGGUUACUUAUAUAAAGGUGUUGUGGCUCAGUAAUGGAAGAUCAUUCACCCCAAAAAGUGGUCGCGGUCUUUUAUGAGAAAUGGUUGCUUAUUAGAGGUGCAAACUAUGAUGCUUUGACUGGGAUAAAUUUGUACUUUGUUCUUGUUGUUGUUGUUGUUUUGUUUGUUGGUUGUUUUUUUUAGUGAGGUGUUUUGAACAAAUGUUUCUUGCUGUUUUCCCCCAGAGUGUGUCCGAUUUUCCAGAUUUCCAAUGUGACAGGAGAAAAUCUGGACUUGCUUAAGAUGUUCCUCAAUUUACUUUCUAUCCGCGCUCAUUUUAAAAGGGAUGAACCAUCUGAGUUCCAGAUCGACGACACCUAUUCAGUUCCGGUAAGACAUUUACCCUGUCACAACGCCGUAGAUAAAGCCUCGACAGGCAGUGGGUUUACCUUUAAAUAAAGCAACUUGCUGACCAGACUUUGUGGUUUUGUGUGCGAGUUAAAUCUGUUCCGCGAAAAUAUCGCUAAAGCGUCAAACAGUUGUUUUGACUCUGCGCAGUAAUCGAUAAACUUCGAGAGAAACGUUGAUGCAGAUCGGUGGUAGAGUGAACCACAAGAAUUUGAUUUUUUCAACUGGGUUGAUUAUUGGCCAUCGUAAAAAUCCGGAAUUAACGUUAACGAAGGGCCAGCGUUCCAAGUAGCUUUGUCAUUCCUUAAUGUGUGCUAAUUCUCCAAAGCAUCUCAGUUCGUGACAUUUUUUAAAAUUGUUUCAGGCUUAAGGCUAAUGGAAUCAGUCAAAAAGUCUGUUUUUCUAAUUUUCAGGGUGUUGGUACAGUGGUAUCCGGCACGUGUCUCCGAGGAACCAUUCGACUGAAUGAUACCUUGUUACUCGGCCCAGACCCACUAGGUCAGUUUCAGUCAAUCCAAGUCAAGACAAUUCAUCGUAAGAGAAUGCCUGUGAGAGAGCUUAGAGCAGGCCAGACGGCAUCAUUUGCAUUGAAAAAGGUCUGUUCUGUAUUUACCGUAACAUAUGAAUUGACCACUGAAAUAACUGCAUACAGAUCAAGGUUUAUGUCGGUAACUCGUAACAAUUAGGGAGCUUAAGCAACGCAUUCCUGUAAACAAAAGCAUCAAGUCGAGGCUCAGGUGGGCAAAAUACAGUGAUUUGUAUGAAAUUGUCCACCCGAGCCUCGACCUCAUUUCUUUAUGCUUGCUCACAGGAGCGGAAUGCGGGAAAGGUCGUUUAGACUGGUAAAAUAACAACUUUGCACGUGCAUCACGCUUUUUUGUACAUUUCUUUGCCGUCGUUACACGACUACAACGUGAAAAUGCCUAUUUUCACGUUUUGUCGAGGACGGGAACACAAAAAACAACUUUCUUUUUCUUUACGUGAGCUUUGAUACAAUCCUUUCGAAUUGCCAACAUUUGACGAAUUAAACAAGAUGGAAUAAGCGCGAUAAAGUUUGAGGCAGCGCGAAUUCACUUUUUAAGUGUUGUUUUCGUAGCCGUCGCCGUGACGAGAGGAGGACUGAAUUACCAAGUUACUAUUUAGCCAUUUCCACUUUUCACUUCAGAUCAAACGAUCACAGAUAAGAAAAGGAAUGGUAAUGGUUGACAAACAAGUCAAGCCCCAGGCAUGCUGGGAGUUCGAAGCCGAAGUUCUUGUCCUUCACCAUCCGACGACCAUCAGUACAAAAUACCAGGCUAUGGGUUAGUAUGACUGAAAAUACACUAAGGGUGCGUUCCAUUGGUUGAAUUCCCGAAUAAGAUGUUGCAAAUCUCUUGUACAUGGCCCACAGCUCAGUGAUUCAUACCCUAUCGUGAUUAGUGAUUUCAAGAGUUUAUUCCAUGUAUUCUUAUUCUGGAAUACGGUCAAUCGAACACGUCCUAAUAGACUUGCCAAUACUGAUUACCGAUUACAAAGCUCGCUUACUUCCCGAAAUAGCUGUGGCCUCUAGUUGAAGAUUACCGGGUUGUUCUGAAGACUUUUACUCCUAGAGCACGUUAAGGUGAACAUAUUUGUCGCUCUAUAAACUUGAUCUGUGGUCAGAGGAAACCCUCGCGUUCUUGUCACGUGAUCUUUAAUUGUCGAGUUCCUCUCUCGUUGAAUAAAACGCAGUUUGUCAAUGCUGUGUACCCUUUAAAUGCAGACGUAUUUCUCUUCUUUUUGGACGGAGAGAAGCAAAAGAAACUGAGAGCCGGAAAUACGUCUGCAAUUUAGUGCAACUCUGUAAUUGUCAUGUACUGUGUGUUUUUUUGGUUUGUUAAAUAAAGCCGGUGCCCAUAUUUCUUUUCAGUACACUGUGGAAGCAUGCGACAAACAGCAACAAUAAUUCACAUGGAUAAAGACCAUUUAAGGACGGGAGAUAAAGCGAUGGUUCGGUUCCGUUUCAUAAAACAACCGGAAUUUGUAAAACCGGAUACGCGGAUGAUAUUCAGAGAAGGGAGAACAAAGGCUGUGGGUACAAUCCAGCGGAUAGAUCCUACGGUACAUCCUGCGCCUCUUGUUGGCGGGAAAAUCAAGCACCGCGGGCCCGGCAGAGGGUCUGCGCUAUCACGUGACAAAAGCAGAGAGGGGGCAAGUGCGCAAGCGUCAACGAGCUCAGAAAGAACAGGCAAAAAGUGAUUGGAAAAUACCCGCUUAUAUAAUAGAAGCUAUUCGUAAUUUCUCUUGGGUUUCCUGUUUCAGAUUUUAACGUGUAUUUGUUGCAUCGUCAAAUUAGGUCUUAUUUCGAGUUUUUAUUGCGUAUUUUAAAUUUUAAGUCCUUUGUAGGUUAAUAUUUUUCCUAGCGUUCUUAGCCCAGGUAAACGCGUCAGAAGACUUCAAGACUACACGUUUAUAUGAGUAGCUAUUUGCAAGUUUUCAGUUAGUGGUUCGUUUCGCAUUUUAUCUCAGUUACGUGCUCGGAUUUUCAGUGACAUUGAUACUUUUACUGCAAGUUUCUAAAUUGCUUAUUUUAAUUCCAGAGCGUUUUCUAACAUUCAAUUUUUUCUCAGACUAGACAGCCGCAUCUGAAACCUUCCACGACGUUUAAUUUAUUUACCGAGCGAAGUGUAGUUAAUACUUCGGGUAUAACUCUUGAGUUCGCUUAUAAAACAGGAAAAACUAUGCCCUCUUUGUGUGGUGUCUUUACCGUUUUUAACUGUAUCUCUUUUUUUAAACCUAGGUUUCCAAAGAUUUAGGGAUAAUUUAAAGAGGUGAAGCGUUUUUAACGAUGUGUCACUCAGAGUAUAGACCUUGUCACGGUUUUCGACGCCAUCUUGACGAGUAGGCAAACGCGUGAGAAAUUACAGUGAUUGUAUGAGAAUCUAAUGUCGAAUAAUUUCCGUACAACGGCUGUUCUGAAAAAAAUAUGAUUUGUAAACUAAAGCUUCACUCGUAAGGAUUCUCCUGAAAAAAUUUGAGGGCGUUACAUGCACUAGAAGACCUACAACCACUUUUUUAAAUUUUCUAUACAUUUGUCUGUAAGAAAGUCCCGGAAAAAUUAGACAAAUAUAUGGAAAAUCUAAAGCAAGCCUCUGGAGAAAUUUAAGCACAGGUACGCCCCCAAAAUUUUUUUAGGACAAUCCUUUGCUUAGUUUACAAUUGAUAUUUUUUUCAGAACAGCCGUUUUACGGAAAUUAUUCGACAUUAGAUUCUCAUACAGACACUGUAAUUUCUCACGCGUUUGCCUACUAGUCAAGAUGGCGUUGAAAACCGUGACAAGGUCUAUUGUGAUGUUGUCAAUCUUUGAAUGUUUUUAAGGCAGUGCAUUUACAACAGUUAAAAGGGAUGCAAAAUUCUAACCUAGGUAUGUGAAGAGGGUACCAUUUG